AUGCUACUCUUGUUUCUAAUAGUAUAUCUUAGACCAUCAUUAGCUCUUCUUAUUUCUACCGAAGAUCGUAUUUCUUUACGAAAUCUGACAUGUCAACAUGAUCAAUCAUUAAUAACAACUAUAUUAUCGAAUUGUGAAGCAUGCCUUAUAAUAUCGCGUAAUUAUAUUAUUGAAACAAAACUUUCAUUAACUGGUUCUGGACCAGCAGGUUUUUCCUAUAGGUGUCUACAAGUGAAUGAAGUUGAAGCUUAUCAUGAAAAUCUUAUACGUGAAUGUCGUAAUUUUCCACGAAAUACACUCAAUGGUUAUAAUGAUUUUUGUAUAGCUUCACCAUAUACUUAUCUUCGAGGUUCAUAUCGAGCUUGUAUAUGUAUCACAAAUGCAUGUAAUUUUAAUUAUGCACAAUGUAUUCGACAAAUAAGUUCUUCUUUGAAUCGACAAUCAUCUUUAUUUAGUAAUACAAUUGCUGAAUUGACAGAGAAAAUUAAAUGCUAUCGAUCUAAUGAAGAUAUUAAACAAGAAACAUCUUCAAGUUUAACAUCAUUAUGUUCAGAUGAUGAUAAUGAAUGUAAAAAUUAUUUGUUUAAUAAUGGUGUUUUAUGUACGAUUAGUAUUGAUCGAACUAAUCGAACAACUAGACAACCUUUAGUAUCAUCAAUUUAUACAGCUUAUUUAACAAAAUAUAAAACAGAAUUAUGUAAUUCAUUUACAUGGACAACAAAAAGUAUUUAUUUUUCACAAUGUAAACAAGAUGAUGUUGUAUGUAUGUGUGCAUUUGAUGGAUGUGAUAAAGAUUUAGAGACAUGUCGAACAAGUCAAGGAAUUUGUAAUAACUAUUAUGCGAUUUUAUUUUUGUUGAUAUUUCUAUUAAAUAUUUCUAGUUGA